UUGGAAUCGACAUGGAUGAAUGUCAAGGGUCUAUCAAAUACUGAAAUUUCAAAUCAAUUCAAUGCAUUCUCAAGUACAACAGCAUAUUUCGGCUACCUGCGGCUCAUUCAGCCCCUGGACCGCGAUCCGCCCAACGGCUACAGGAACUGGCAGAUUCUGAUCUCCGCCAGCGACGAGGACGGCGUGGGCACCACCUUCAAGUCGGUGAAGGCGGUGACCAUCACCCUGCAGGACAUCAACGACAAUGCCCCCUUCCUGGUCAACGAAAUGCCAGUGAAGUGGCCCGAGAACCGAAAUCCCGGCCAGGUCGUCCAGCUGCAGUCGAACGACUUUGACGACGUCCAGAACGGUCCGCCGUACACCUACGGCAUCGACAGCGAAGCCUCGCCCGACAUCAAGACCAAGUUCAGCAUCGACAACGACUACCUCUUCGCCAACGUGAUGUUCGACCGGGAGGAGCAGAAGGAGAACUACAUCCCCAUACGCAUCAGCGACUCGGGGGUGCCACGGCAGAGUGCCGUGAGCAUACUGCACCUGAUCAUCGGCGAUGUGAACGACAAUGCCAUGACGGAGGGCUCCUCCCGCAUCUUCAUCUACAACUACAAGGGCGAGGCGCCCGACACGGACAUCGGGCGGGUGUUUGUCGACGAUCUGGACGACUGGGAUCUGGAGGACAAGAGCUUCAAGUGGAAGAACGACAUCUCCCACGAUCAGUUCCGCCUGAAUCCCAGCACGGGCAUGAUCACCAUGCUCCAGCACACCGGCGAGGGGGAGUACGUGCUGGAGUUCACGGUCGAUGAGGAGUCCACCUAUAUACCCUACCACUCGGUGGAUGCCGACGUCACGGUGGUCAUCCGGGAGCUGCCGGAAGAGGCGGUGGACAAGAGCGGCAGCAUCCGCUUCAUCAAUAUCACCAAGGAGGAGUUCAUCUACGUGCCCCGGGACAUGCAGUCCCCGGAGGCCCUAUCCCUGAAGGACAGCCUCCAGCACUCGCUGUCGAAGCUCUUCAACACCUCUGUGUCCAAUGUGGACGUCUUCACGGUGCUCCAGAACGAGAACAACACGCUGGACGUGCGCUACUCCGACCACGGAUCGCCGUACUACUCGCCCGAGAAGCUCAACGGAAUGGUGGCUCAGAAUCAGCAGCGGCUGGAGAACGAGCUCGAUCUCCAGAUGCUGAUGGUCAACAUCGACGAGUGCCUGAUCGAGCGGCUCAAGUGCGAGAGCUCCUGCACAAACGAGCUGCACAAGAGCUCGGUUCCCUACAUGAUCUACUCGAACACCACCUCCUUCGUGGGCGUCAAUGCCUUCGUGCAGGCGCAGUGUGUGUGCGAGGCGCUGCUGUUGAACCACUGCCUGAACGGCGGGACUCCGCGCUACGGGGAGAACGAUGUCUGCGACUGCAUCGACGACUUCACCGGGCCCCACUGCGAGCUCGUAUCGGUGGCUUUCUACGGCAGCGGCUACGCCUUCUACGAGCCCAUAUCCGCCUGCGACAACACGAAGAUCAGUCUGGAGAUCACACCACAGGUCGACCAGGGCCUGAUCAUGUACCUGGGGCCCCUCAACUACAAUCCUCUGCUGCCGCUGUCCGACUUCCUGGCCCUCGAGCUGGAGAAGUGCUAUCCCGUGCUGACGGUGGACUACGGCUCGGGCGGCAUACGUAUCAAGCACCAGCACAUACGGAUGGUGGCCGAUCGCUCCUACCAGCUGGACAUCAUCCUGCAGCGCACCAGCAUCGAGAUGACCGUGGACAACUGCCGCCUGUCCACCUGCAUGAGCCUGGGCGCCCCACAGGGGCCCAACGAGUUCCUCAACGUGAACGCGCCCCUGCAGCUGGGCGGCAGUCCCGUCGAUCUGGCGCAGCUCGGACGGCAGCUCAACUGGACGCAUGUGCCCACCCAGCAGGGAUUCUUCGGUUGCGUGCGCAACCUGACGAUCAACGAGCACACCUACAACCUGGGAAUGCCCUCGGUCUUCCGAAACAUUGACAGCGGCUGUCAGCAGUCGGUGGCGGUGGCCUUCAGCUUCGGCAUCGAUCGGAACUUCAUUGUUGCUAUCAUCGCGCUGCUGCUGAUCAUCCUUCUGGCCGUGGUGGUGCAGAAAAAGCAGAAGAACGGCUGGCACGAGAAGGACAUCGACGACAUACGGGAGACGAUCAUCAACUACGAGGACGAGGGCGGCGGCGAGCGGGACACGGACUACGACCUGAACGUCCUGCGCACCCAGCCCUUCUACGAGGAGAAGCUCUACAAGGAUCCCCACGCCCUGCAGUCGGGCAGGGGUCGGGAUCCCAACGACAUACCCGACAUCGGGGACUUCCUGGGCGACAAGAAGGAGAACUGCGACCGCGACUCCGGCGGCCUCACCGUCGACGAUGUGCGCCACUACGCCUACGAGGGCGACGGCAACUCCGACGGCAGUCUGUCCAGCCUGGCCUCCGGCACCGACGACGGCGAUCUCAAUUUCGAUUAUCUGUCCAACUUUGGACCGCGCUUCCGCAAGCUGGCUGACAUGUACGGCGAGGAGCCCUCCGACACCGACUCCAAUGUGGACGACGAGCAGGGCUGGCGGAUCUAGGAGAAAAAGAUGACGAAGAAAUGCAAAAGACUUUUUAUACGCUAAGAAUUGUAUGGAUACUGACUGGUGUGGAGAGGAGGAUGUGCAGGGGGACCGGGUGCCGGCCUAGCCGGGCCCAAAGUCUCCUCAAGAGCUACACAUAUGUAUGUACAAGAAGUAUAUAUAGCCCAUUUUUUUAUAUAGAAGAGUGGAAAGGGAAGGGGCACGUUGAGGACACGUUUUUGUUUUCUGUUUUGUAAAUGCAAAAAGUGAUCUUGAUCUUACGUAAGCGUAACUUUAUCUACAUAUAUCUAGACUAGACCAUAAUCCUAAACCUAAGCAACUGCGAACAAAACACAAAUUUAUGCAGAGUGCAGUGUAUUCAUUAACAAAAUCAAGAAGAAAUCGAUCCCAAUUGGAGGAGGAAACAAAAUAUUCCUAUGAAGCGAAUUCAGUAACAAAUUGCAUUUUACUUUGCAUAUUCCCAACAUUAGUCCGUAGUUUAUCUGAUAGUUUAUUAUCCCAUCCUAUACAUGAUUUCAGGACAAACAAAACACUUCAUUAUAUCAAAAGUUGAACUCAAUUUGAUAAGACAAGUCGAUAAACUAAGCUAAAUAUUAUCCUAACCUAACCGUUUACGUAUAUCAGCAUAAGUUCUUAGGGUUGUCGUUGUCCCCUAGUACUACGUGUAUAAAUCAGCUUAAACAUAAAUCUAAAUCUAAAUCGAAUCGAGCUAGCGCGAGAGAACGGAGUACCGAUUGUGCAGCCUAUAUCCAUGCUAUAUAGGCAUCGAAAUAUAGUUUAUAUUUAUAAGAAAAUGUUCAAUAAAUCAUUGCGAUAUGUAUUUUUGUAAGCCUUUUUCCCGUAUCUAGAAGAGAGGGUUCCAUAAGGGGGAACUCCUACUUUUUACAUGCCAAGGCGAAUCAACAUUAAAGAAACAAUUUAUUUAUAUACGAGGAUAGUACGUACUAUAUUA